UGAACCUUCUGUCAUACAAGAGCGUACAACAAGAAGGAACCGGGGAGAAUGAUACUAUGACCACUCUAAGGCAGUAGUGGGCAAGAACUUUCCCUCGAAAGCGGGGACGAAGGCCCAUCUCAUCUCAGGAGCAAAUCUUCGCAUCCCCAGUCGAUGCUCCUGGGCCAUCGAGUUGGCUAGCCUGGCAUUUCCCCCUGCAUACCUAUCGGAAAAUAGGGCGUUGUGGAAAUGCCGCUUGGGAGCAACUGUUGACAGGCAGGUGACGUCGUAAUGACCAUGACGUGCCGUCCCAGCCCUUCCCUGCUGGCGUUAGUGGCCGUGACCGGCUUGAUUGGACACAGCCAUGCUGGCCCAGUACCCAACGACGUUUAUCAGCAGUUGAUGCAGAUUCCGGCCUCCUCGCCCUCGACUUUCUUCAACAGCAAAGAGCCCUUCACCCCCGACCACCGUGAUCCCUGGGACCAUAAGGUAGAUGCUAUCGGAGAAGAUCGAGAGCCCCUUCCCUGGCGGAUGGGCGAUGGCGCCUCGGUGAUGGGACCGCGGAACAAGGACCGCGAGCGCCAGAACCCCGACCUUGUUCGACCCCCAAGCACCGACCAUGGCUCGCUGCCCAACAUGCGAUGGUCAUUUUCUGACUCCCACGUGCGAAUUGAGGAAGGCGGCUGGACGCGCCAAACCACCGUCCGCGAGCUCGGAACCAGCAAGGAGCUCGCCGGCGUGAACAUGCGCCUCGACAGCGGAGUCUACAGAGAGCUACACUGGCAUCGAGAGGCCGAAUGGGCGUACGUCCUCGCGGGCCAGGUGCGCGUGACAGGGAUUGACCUCGACGGGAACGCGUUCAUCGACGAUCUGGAAAAAGGGGAUCUGUGGUACUUCCCCUCCGGCCACCCGCACAGUCUGCAGGGCCUCGGGGAGAACGGCACCGAGUUUCUCUUGAUCUUCGACGAUGGCAAUUUCAGUGAGGAGUCGACGUUCCUGCUGACGGACUGGAUGGCACACACCCCCAAAGCAGUCCUAGCCGAGAACUUCCGCCUCCGCCCGCAACUGUUCAAGAACCUCCCCACGAGCGAGAAAUACAUCUUCCCGGGCUCGCACCCGGCCUCGAUCCCCAAAGAGACCCCGCCCAACUUCAAACCCUCCAAGGAGCGGUUCACCCACAAGAUGCUGGCCCAGAAGCCCGAGCGCACCUCGGGCGGCGAGGUGCGCAUCACCGACUCGUCCAACUUCCCGAUCUCCAAGACGGUGGCCGCGGCGCACCUGACGAUCCAGCCGGGGGCCCUCCGCGAGAUGCACUGGCACCCCAACGCGGACGAGUGGUCGUACUUCAUCCGCGGGCGGGCGCGGGUGACCAUCUUCGCCGCGGAGGGCAACGCGCGCACCUUCGACUACGUGGCGGGCGACGUGGGGAUCGUGCCCAAGAACAUGGGCCACUUCAUCGAGAACCUGUCGGACGACGAGGAGGUCGAGGUGCUCGAGAUCUUCCGCGCGGAUCGGUUCCGCGACUUCUCGCUGUUCCAGUGGAUGGGCGAGACGCCGCGGCGGAACGUGGCGGAGCAUCUGUUCGCGGAGGAUCCCGAGGCGGCCAGGGAGUUUCUGAAGAGUGUGGAGAGCGCGGAGAAGGAUCCCAUUCGGGAUACCAGGGCCUAGAAGAGGGAGGAAGUCAUAUCAUAUUUUCUUUUCGAAAGUGACGAUAAAGUUGAGCUUAUUGUGUGGUGUACUAUGAACGUUAUGGCUUGUAAUCCUUCGGAAG